AUGGUGUACCUGAACUUGAGAGGCAAGAGGCUUCUAACUGGAAUCACAAUUUCCAGCGGAUUAGGGUUUGUUUUAUUUGGAUAUGACAACGGUGUUAUUGGUGGUCUGCUUACAGCUCCCGAUUUUGAAUCAACUUUUAAUCUCGAUGCUACGCUCCAAGGAGUGGUUACUUCAUUAUUCGAGUUGGGAUGUUUCUUUGGGUCUCUAUUCACAGCAGCUGCGGGCGGUCGAUUAGGCCGCCGAACUCUCGCACAUCUUGGUACACUAUCCAUUACCAUCGGUGCCCUUCUUCAGGCCUCCAGUUUCUCUGUUGGUCAGUUGAUGGUCGGUCGCAUCGUUGCUGGCAUCGGUCUUGGCCUUAUAUCUAGCAAUAUCGCUAUCUGGCAGUCAGAAACGGCUCCGGCGAAUGUGCGCGGCACAUUGGUUGCGUGCUCUUUGAGUUUCCUUAUUGUCGGCCAGCUUUUAGCGAACUUGAUUGACUACGGCAUGAAUAACUAUUCUGGUCCCGUCACAUGGCGCUUUCCAAUUGCCUUUCAAGCGGUUCUAGCACUUCUAAUGAGCGCCCUAUUAUUCUUUAUGCCUGAAUCUCCUCGAUAUCUCAUAAUGAAGGAUCGCAUUGAAGAAACCGUCACAGUUCUUCAAGCUCUCAAAGACACCAACGAUAGAGAUACGGUAGCCGCCGAGAUUGCAGAGAUCAAGGAGGCUCUUUUGCUAGAACUCAACGCUCAAAAAAGUUGGACAGAUCUUUUUAAGAGUGACAAGGUUAAGUCCCGCCGCCGCGUCAUCAUUGCUUGCAUUGUCAACUUAAUGCAAGACCUGAGUGGAAGCACUCCGAUAGCAUAUUAUACGACUUUUAUAUUUCAAAAUUCCGUUGGUUUCUCUCGGCAUUUGUCGUUGCUUAUGUCAAUCUUUCUCCAGCUGUGGUUUCUUUUGGCCUCAACACUCACAUGGUGGCUGAUUGAGCGUGUUGGGCGUCGAAGACUGUUCAUGCUCUCAGCUUGCUGUAUGGGUAUGGUUAUGGCAGUUGUUGCAGCGAUGCUCGCCGUCAAUACUCGAACUUCCGGAAUUGUCGCCGUUGUCAUGAUUUUUGCGUAUCAGGCCUUUUUCACAUGGGGAUUCAUGGGUGGUGUCUGGGCCUAUGGACCGGAAAUUUUACCACUUGAAUAUCGAUCAAAAGGAAUGGGUCUUGCAACUGCCACCCUUUGGCUGUUUUCUUUCGUGAUGGUUGAGAUUGUCCCAUCAAGCAUAUCCAACAUAGGAUGGAAAACUUACAUCAUUUUUGCUGUGUUUAACUUCUCAUUCAUUCCUAUAAUCUAUUUAUUCUUCCCGGAGACCAAGGGCCUUAGCCUAGAGCUGGUAGAUCUUGCUUUCAUGGACGAUACAAUGUCUCCGGUCAAGCGGGCUAAGGAACUGCACAAGAUGAUUGCAUCUGGCGAAGAAUUGACACUAAGGACAGAAGUGGGAGGAAAAGAUGUUGAUAUUGUGCAUGUGGGAGAAUAA